AUGUUUUCUUUCCUUCUUUUCUCAAAUGUCAGAUCUGUUGUGGUUGGCAUUGACUUCGGUCAUGCUAACAUCAAAGCAGGUAUGGGCAAGUUCAGUGGUGUUGUUGCUGUAAAUAACCAACAAUCCAAGAAAUUGUCACCAUCCUACUUUGCUUUCUACAAUUACUCAGAUCCAAAGAACUCCCAUCCACUCAAUGGCACACAUUGGGCUAUUGAUGAUAUCGAUAAUUGCACAUGGGACUACACAUCACUUGCCGAAAACCACGCCAAGAGACAUCCGAACAAUAUUAUCCAAAGUUUCUUCCCAUUACUUAAUGAAUCAAUUGGCCUCUCUCACAGAGAAGCUAUGGCAGCAACUCUUCGUUAUUUGUUAUUCACAAUGGACUCUGGUGUCUAUACACCAGAGAAGACAAUGCUUACAUUGUCUGUAGAACCAUUCCUUUCACGCCACGAGCGUUAUGCCCUUAAGGAAGUUGCUCGUCUCGCUAAUACAACAUUGAACUUCAUUGUUGACUCACCAACAGCUGUUGCUCACUACUACGUUCUUGGCAGAACAAAGAGACUUUCCAAUGAUAUCGCUUUCAUCGACAUUGGCGCAACAGGAACCUGGAUUUCCAUCUUCUCAUUCAGCACAAUGGGAAAGGACGUCAUCAUGAACCAGAAGGCCAUCGUUACUAACGGAACCCUCGGAGGUAACGCCAUGGAUAAGGUCGUUGGAGACCACUUAUACCAACAAUUCGUCAAGAAGUUCGGAAAGACGACCGAUUCACAGAAGGUCAUGAACAGAUUCUACACAGCCGCUCGUAUGGCCAAGGAACGUCUCUCAAUCGACAUAGAAUACACAGUUUCUAUGGAAGAUGUCAUUGACGACGAGAGAUUCGAAUACUACAUCACACGUGAAGAGUUCAACGAGCUUAUCCAGCCAUUUGCUGACUCUUUGGCCGAUUUAAUCAAAGAUGCUAUGGAAAAGGCCGGAAUUUCCAAACUCGAUACAGUCGAAGCUAUCGGUGGCAACUCCAGACCACAGCUUCUCCAUGAAGUCAUGGCCAAUGUUACUCAUGUUGGUCAGAUUUCCCAUACUCUCAACCCAGAAGAAGCCGUCAUCCUUGGUGCUACAAUUCUUGGCUCCACCAAGUCAUCAUCCUACAGAUUACCAAAGAAGAUCAAAUCAACAACCUUCUGCAACACUCAUAUCGAAGUUGAAGUCAACGGAAACAAGACAGACCUUUACAAACCAAAGGACAAAGCCGAGAAGUUCAUGAUCAGAUACUACCCACUCGCCAAAGUCAACAAUACAAACUUCACCAUCUAUGCUGACGAUGACUACGCCAGACCACUUGACAUCUUCUCCAUCAACUUCCCAGAGAACGUCACCUUCCCAGAAGAUGCAGAAGUCAUGAUCAAGUACGGAAUGGACACUUUCUCCCUCCCAGCGAUUGAAAAGAUCGAAUGCGACGGAAAGAAGCUCAACGUCACACAUUACUUCUCUGAUUGGCAGCUCAAUGAGGAGCGCUUCAACUUCUCACAGUCUUUCAUCAUGAAGAUGGAAGAAAUCGAACGCGAUAGACACAACGCUUCAUCUACAAGAAACGAAUUAGAAUUCUACUUAUUCCAGAUUCGCGAGAAGAUGGAGUCAGACGACGAGUUCAAGGAGUUCUUGUCUGAAGGAGAUAAAGUAAAUAUCACAAAGGGACUUCAGGAAGCACAAGAAUUCUUAGACAACCUCAACAAUCCAUUCGCACACUCACAAGUAUUCAGAGAUCAGCUCAACAAGUUCAAAGAUACUACAAAAGAUGUCGAAAUGAGAAUUGAAGAGUGGAAACUCAUCCCAGAGAACCUCAAAUCACUCAACAAGACAAUCAGAGAGGUCGCCAAGUACUUGAAGGAAGAAGUUCCAAAGAAGAGACCAUGGUUGGUCACUCAUUACAAAGAUACAUACGAUAACCUCGUAGAUAACUACAACCAUACUAAGGAAUGGCUCGAGGAGAACUACUACAACUUGACACACUGGAAUAAGACAGUUAAUCCAGAGACAAAGCACAACCAGAUCAAUGUCAAGCGCCAGAUUUUGGAGUUCAACAUGAAUGGUUCAAAGAGACAGAAGAAGCCAACACCAACACCAAAGGGAUGGACUCCUCCACCAGCAACACCAACUCCAACACCAUACGAACCUCCACCACCACCUCCAGAUUGGGACAGACCUCCACCACCACCAGACUUCGAUCCAGGGCCAAGACCAGAGGGAUACGAGGGAGAAUGGCCACCACCACCUCCUCCGCCUCCUCCUCGGCCUGAAGGAUGGGAAGGCGAGUGGCCACCACACCAUCACCACGAUGUUCCUCCACCACCUCCUCCACCUCCAGAGCAUGAUGUUCCACCACCACCGCCACCACCAGAACACGAUGUUCCUCCACCUCCUGAAGCUGAAAAAGUGGCAGAAAAUCAACAACGUACUGAAGAAAGAGAAAACCUUAGAGAUGAGGUGGAGAGGAAGAUCGGUGAUGACCUUUAA